AUGCAACAUGUGACCGUCAGACUCCUCCUCCUCCUCCUCCUCCUCCUCCUCCUCCUCCUCCAUCCUCUGACCUCAGCUGACCUGGAGGAGGUGGAUAAUGUGCCAGUGGAGGUCAUCGUCGACAGCUCCCCCUGCAGCGCCACCUGUGGGCUGGGGGUUAAAACUCAGACCCUGUGUUUGCUGAAAGAUGGCGAGACAGCGAUGGAAGAAGCUGUGAAAAAUCAAGAUGGAACAGAGGUGUCAGAGGAGUGUCGGGUCCGUAAGGUGAAGUGUCUGGAGUCGUGGCAGUGUGGACUCAGGACCAUGACGGUGACUUCAGGACAGAAAGUAGAGAUCGACUGUCUCGGGGAAGUCAUGGAGGCGAUGGGGAGGUUCACCUGGAGGGUGUCAUGGCGUUACGCCCGAGGAAUAAUCAGCUCUGACGACUCGCUGUUUGCCCGCUUUGGUGCUCCCCUGCUGGACCGAGUGAUUCUGGACCCCAUCAGGGAGGAGGACGCAGGUACUUAUUGCUGUGUCGUGCAGGAUGCUAACUUCCGCAGGGUGAAAAAGGUUUACUGGGGGAUCCGGGUUUUACCCAUCGGGGUUCUAAAUCUGGACUACGAAAGCUCCCUGGCCCAGUGGGACUCCACUGGAAACCAGCAGAACCAGACUGUGUCGGACGAGCUUGACCACAUGGUGGCUCUUCUUGACAUGCUGCUGUACUAUUCCAGCCUGGCAGGCGUCGGAGCUGGAGUGAUACUGCUGAUCAUCUACUGUGCAGCCAAGAGGAGAGAGUUCAGGCAGUUGACCAGAUAAGGCUGUUCUUCUGUGGCUCACUGCACAAACACUGCACCUUUUCAGAGAUGAAAGGAAGACUGUACCAUCAACCAACAUGUUUGUUGUUCUCAAUA